AUCCGUUAGGUGUCGCGAAAGUUGCUAGACAACUGUAUACAAUAUGGCGGCAACAAAAUGAAAACUAGAUAGAAAAACAAUUGAUUAGAGACUCUUGAAGAGAACACCAACAAAGGACAAAGGAAGGAAGGGGACAUACUAUCAUGCCGAGCUUACCUCCCUUGGAUGAUGAUGGAGGGAAAUUCAAACCAAGGAACAAGAAGAAAGUGGAACAGCAUGACUUGAAGAAAAUGGCUCCACAACAAAGAAGUAGAUACUUGGCGUAUGAAGAUCCUCCUAAAGAAGUCUCUGAGGCUAUGGGAGCCACAAAGAAGAGGCUUCUGGAGAAAAAACGAUUGAUCAUGAGGAUCAAUGAAGAUUUGCCAGAAGAGGAAGUUGAUGAGAGAGAUAAGCAUGCAAAACUUAUAGGUCAACUGAAAGCAGCGGAGGCGAGAAAUAGAUUAAGGAUCAUGAGAUUAAGAUAUCAAGCAAAUCGGGCACAAGAAAUAAGCCAUUUGAUUGCAUGCCAGCCUACAGCUCUGAAGGCAGUGAGGCUUCAGGCCUUAGUACCAUCAUACCCCGAUAAGGACGACAGGCGGGAUCGUUUAGAUAAACUGGAGAGAGUGAGGGUGGAGCGACUACUCGAGGAUACUCAAGGAUUAAUCACCAACAGGAUUCAUUGAUCCACCACCGAUCCGUUCUAUAGAGACACCAUGCAGUUGUGAAACUUGUGAUAUUUUUUGUUUUUUCAUCAAAAUCAAUUCCCCGGACCAUAAUUUCUAGUCAGGAUUAAGACAGAUAGUUUGGCUGAAGAUGGUUCUUUGGCAAGGAUUAUUUUUCGUGUAAGGAAACUUCAAAUUGUGAGUUAAUUUCUUAUUAAUCAAUUUGAAAGAUUACAUUGAUCUAAAUAAAUGAUUCAGUUGAUAUCAGUGUUUAAAAUGUUUGAUGAUUACAAUAUAUUUUUAAAGAAAUUUUUGACAAAAAGUUAAGAUAUUGUAUCUUUGUCAGCAUUUCUAUCAGAUUUUUUUCUGCAGAUGAAAAAAAAAGCAGAUUAUUGAUUGUAAAUCCUAAUUAUUUAAAGAGAGAAUUCUAUAUUUAAUCUUGUAUUCCAAAAGCAAUAUUCAAUCCAUUUAUAGGGCUUGUGCAACUGCAGGCCAGAUGUGCAGAUAGAUAAAGCUUGUAUAUAUAGAAAUGUUAGCAGAUCUGUAGACCAUAAGAGUUGGUGAAUAUAUGAGUGAAAAUUUUCAAGUAUUCUAAAUGCAUUUGAUAUUUCUUUUAUAAGUAUGGGAACAUUGUCAAGUAGAACAAUGUAUAGACUACUUGUAAAUUAUAAACCUAUGUAAUGUUUAUGAAUAUCAGAUUUAUCAGUAUCACUUACUGCACCCCAUUAAUGUGAAUGUCCCAUUUAUUGAACGAGUGCUUAUUUCAUGUUUGUUAUAGAAUUGUAUUUAAUUACUCCAGUAUUGAUUGUGAUUUUUAAUCAGGUGUCUUGUUUAUGUCUGUGAUUACAAGGAUCUGACUAGCAAUGUAGUCUAUCUAAGGCCUUUUGUUGUUGAUAAAACUUACGUUGAAAUAUUUUAACCCCUCACUUUUGUAUUGCUUGAUAUUGAAUGUUUUCUGGUGGUUUUUCAAAUCAUUUCAGUGUAUCAAACGAUAAAUAAAUGUCAUAACACAUCAAA